AUGGGAGCCGGGAGCGCCGACGGGGGGCCGGAGACGAGCUGGGCUUCUUUUGACGCUGCGCUCUCACUUUGGAACCGGGUGUCAACAAACAACAGCAGGAGUCCCGAGGCCUGCCCGGAACAGACAGCCUACCGCUGCCCCAAAACCGAGCCCGGCCCUCCCUCUGACGCCGUUCCUAAUCUUGGACCAAACCCCCCCCAGUCCCAUCUCGAGGCUUUUGGGGUCGAAAAAAAAAGCCCGGGCGCGGCUCACCGGGAACCGAGGCCAGGUCCAGAAAGUUGCAGCCGGACAGUGGAGGGUCCGGUGGAGGGAGGCAUGACGGCUCUGGCGGGGCCGGUACCCAGGAUGAUGAGACCCACGCUCCCGCAGAACUACCCCCGCAACGGCUUCCCUCUGGAAGUGUCCACCCCGCUGGGUCAAGGCCGCGUCAACCAGCUCGGAGGGGUCUUCAUAAACGGAAGGCCCCUGCCCAACCACAUCCGACACAAGAUCGUGGAGAUGGCGCACCACGGGAUCCGGCCGUGCGUCAUCUCCCGCCAGCUGCGGGUCUCCCACGGCUGCGUGUCCAAGAUCCUGUGCCGGUACCAGGAGACGGGCUCGAUCAGACCCGGGGCCAUCGGCGGCAGCAAACCCAAGCAGGGAACGACGCCCGACGUAGAGAGGAGAAUAGAGGAAUACAAGCGGGAAAACCCGGGUAUGUUUAGCUGGGAGAUUCGGGAUAAAUUACUGAAGGACGGAAUGUGUGACCGCAACAACGCUCCUUCAGUGAGCUCCAUCAGCCGCAUCAUGCGGAGUAAGUUUGGGGGGAAAGGCGACGAAGAGGAGGAUGACGAAGAAAUGGACAAGAAAGAGCUGGAGGACAGCGACCGGAGGGCCAAACACAGCAUCGAAGGCAUCCUGGGAGACAGAGGUACGUAA